UGCCAAAAAUCCCGUCUUUCUCCUUCAACCCUCGAGAAAAUCCCCAAAUCCCACGCCAUUAGCGCGACCUCCCCCCUCCAUUAGGGAUCCAUCCCCCUCCCCCUCCUCCCCCGCGCCACCGCCGGAUCGAUUCCGGCCGCCGGCGAUCCGGCCCGCGGGGAUUGGCCAGGCGCAGAUCCGCCCGAUGCGCCCGCUGCCGCCGGCCGCCUAGGCACGGCAGCGAGCCGCCCCGCCGGACCGCCCGCCGCGUGCAUGGAAACGCGCAGCCGCAAGCGCGCCGCCGCCAGCACCUCCUCCCCGGCCUCCUCCUCCAAGCGCGCCCGCACCGCCCCCGCCGGCCGCCCCGGACCGCCCGCGAUGGACCCGUCCCCGUCCUCCCGCCGCCGGGCGCGCGCCGCGGCGGCGGCCGCGGCCGCCGCAGCGGAGAAGGGCAAGGACCCGGACCCCUCGUCCACCUCCAACCCCGCGCCGCCCCACCACCACCACCACGAGGAAGACGACGACGAGGAUGACGACGACUCGGCGGCCGCGCCCUUCCCGCCCUCCUUCACCUCCGCCAGCACCGCGCUCCAGGGCCUCCUCCGCAGGCUGGGCGCCGGGCUCGACGACCUGCUCCCGGGCUCCGCCGCAGCGGCCGCGGCCUCCUCCACCACCUCGGCGCAGCUCAAGCGGAUCCUGGCCGGGCUGCAGGCCGAGGGCGACGAGUCCCGCCAGCUCGGCUCACUCAUGCAGCUCUGUGAGAUGCUCUCCAUCGGCACCGAGGACUCGCUCGCCGCCUUCCCCAUCGACGCCUUCGUGCCGCUCCUCGUCGGCCUGCUCCGCGAGGAGGACGGCCCCGGCGCCAGCCCCGAAGUCAUGCUGCUCGCCGCGCGCGCCCUCGCCAACCUCGUCGACGUGCUGCCGUCCGCCUGCUCCUCCGUCGUGCACUAUGGCGCUAUACCGUGCUUCUGCGCCCGGCUCCUCACCAUCGAGUACAUGGACCUCGCCGAGCAGUCUCUGCAAGCUCUGAGGAAGAUUUCGCUGGAGCAUCCGACCGCCUGUUUGAGAGCUGGCGCGCUAAUGGCCGUCCUGUCGUAUCUGGACUUCUUCUCCACUGGUGUUCAGAGAGUUGCAUUGUCUACUGCUGCCAAUAUUUGCAGGAAGCUACCCUCUGAUGCAUCCGAGUUCGUCAUGGAAGCGGUACCGUUGCUCACUAAUCUCCUACACCACCAUGACUCUAAGGUGCUAGAGCAUGCUUCGGUUUGUUUGACACGCAUUGCAGAGGCCUUUGCUCACCAUCCAGAGAAGUUGGAUGAGCUGUGCAAUCAUGGGUUGGUUGCGCAAGCCGCUAACUUGGUAUCCAUCAGUAACUCCCCAGGCCAGACAUCGCUGAGUACUUCGACAUAUACGGGCUUAAUCCGUCUUCUCUCAACAUGUGCGAGUGGAUCGCUGUUGGCAGCCAAAACACUUCUUCUUCUUGGCAUUAGUGGCACCAUUAAAGAAAUUCUUUCAGGGUCCGGUUUAGUUGCUGGAACGUCAGUCGCCCCAGCUUUGUCAAGGCCUGCUGAUCAGAUGUUUGAGAUCGUGAGCCUUGCUGAUGAUUUGCUCCCACAUUUGCCUGUGGGGAUAAUUUCUUUACCAACAAACUGCCGUGUAUUUAUUAAAGGCUCUUCUACAAGGAGACCUGCUCCCACCAAACAAGAUGGGGCUGGUUCAACAGAAAAUGAGAGGUCAGGCCAUGAGAGUCUAUUACAAGAGCACCCCGAACUUCUACAGCAGUUCGGUAUGGACUUAUUGCCCGUAAUGACACAGGUGUACGGUUCAAGUGUAAAUGCACCAAUACGCCAUAAGUGCUUAUCUAUCAUCGGGAAAUUAAUGUGCUAUAGCUCUGCUGAAAUGAUCCAGACUCUCCUUAGCACGACAAACAUAUCCAGCUUCCUAGCAGGCAUUCUUGCUUGGAAAGAUCCGCAAGUGCUGAUUCCUGCUCUUCAGAUAGCAGAAAUUAUGAUGGAAAAACUUCCCGAGACAUUCUCCAAGUUAUUUGUGAGGGAAGGUGUUGUUCAUGCUGUGGAAGCACUUAUAUGUCCGGAAUCCUCAAAUAUGGUGCCUCCUCAGGUACCACCACAGGAUAAGGAUGGUGAUUCUGUUAUGUCCUCACGCCCUAGACGACAGCGUCGUCGUGGGGGUGCUGCACCUACAGAGAACAGUUUGUUAGAUGUGUCAAACGCUUCCAAUUCUGGCAUUGCCAGCGCAUCGCCAUGCUCCACAGAAGUUCCAGUCACCAGUCUCCGUUUUGAAGUUAGCGAUCGCGCGAAGUCGUUCAAAGAUAAAUACUUCCCUUCAGACCAUGGUUCGAGCGAUGCUGGAGUCACUGAUGACCUUCUUAAACUGAGAGCACUGUGUGCAAAGUUGAAUACUGCAACUGAAAAUGUCGUAACAAAAGCCAAAGGGAAAUCAAAAGCCUUGAGCCCUAGCCAUUUUGACAUCUCACAUGAUGUGGAGGAACAGUUAGACCUGAUAGUAAAUGAAAUGCUUGCUGAGCUAAGCAAAGCCAAUGGUGUUUCCACAUUUGAGUUCAUCAGGAGCGGAGUUAUCACAUCAUUCCUUGACUAUUUGUCAUGUGGGACAUUUGGGAAGGAAAAGGUAUCCGAAGCAAACCUGCCAAAGCUUCGCCAGCAGGCGCUUAGGCGAUACAAGUCCUUCAUAUCUGUUGCCCUUUCUGCUGACCGUGAAAGGGAUGAAACUCCAAUGACUCUUUUGGUCCAAAAACUGCAAAGUGCAUUAUGUUCAUUGGAGCGUUUCCCUGUUGUGCUCAGCCAGUCUAACAGAAUUGGUACUGGAGGCUCCCGUCUUACCUCAGGUCUUGGUGCUCUAGCUCAACCCUUCAAGUUGCGCCUGUGUCGAGCUCAAGGCGAAAAAUCACUUCGGGAUUAUUCAUCAAAUAUUGUGCUUAUUGAUCCCUUUGCGAGUCUAGCAGCUGUCGAAGAUUUUCUUUGGCCCAGAGUUCAGCGCGGUGAGGCUGCUUCCAAACCUCUAGCCGCUUCUGCAAAUAAUUCUGAAUCUGGUACACCCGCUGCCACUGCUGGUGCAUCAUCAACACCUGCAUCAGCCCGGCGUCCAACGACAAGAUCAAAGUCAUCUGCUGCAAGUGCUGGUACAUCUAAUAAGGAGCCUCUAGAGGAAAGCACUAGUAGUGCAAAGGCAAAAGGCAAAGCUGUUGUAAAACCAAGCUCAGCUGAACCAAAAGGACCGAACACAAGGAAUGCUACCCGCAGGAAAUUGGCCUCAGAGAAAGAUUUGGACAUGAAGCAAACACAUGGCGACAGUAGUUCUGAGGAUGAGGAGCUUGACACAUCUCAUAUUGAGCUUGAUGAUCCUUUGAUGAUUGAUGAUGAUGACAUUUCAGAGGAUGAAGAUGAUGACCAUGAGGUUCUCCAAGAGGGAUCUCUUCCUAUUUGUGUUCAAGAUGGGGUGCAUGAUGUGAAAUUGGGUGACGCUGAUGACUCCAAUGUUGGUUCAGCAAGUGAUAGCCAGGCGCAGCCAUCAUCUGGUUCUGGUUCCAGUGCUAGAAACAUUAUGGGCAGGGGAGUAAAUGCUGCUGAAUUUCGAAGUGCGGGUGCCUUUGGAUCGCAAGGUGCAAUGUCAUUUGUUGCUGCGACAAUGGCUGGGCUGACUUCUGGUGGUGGUCGCGGUGUUAGAGGUGGUCGUGAUCGGCGUGGCCUGUCACUUGGGGGUAGCAUGAGUGAGCACAACAAACUGAUAUUCAUGGCUGGUGGGAAGCAGCUUAGCAAAAAUUUGACCGUAUAUCAAGCAAUCCAACGUCAACUGAUGCUCGAUGAGGAUGAUGAAGAAAGGUUCAACGGGUCUGACUUACCAAACGAUGGAAACCGAUUCUGGGGUGACGUGUUCACGAUAACUUACCAGAAGGCUGAUAGCCAAGCUGAGAAGGGAUCCCAAGGUAGUUCUGUCUCGUUGCAUCAAAAAUCUGAAUCUUGCAGAUCUGUUUCUGAAGCACACAAGGUUUCUCUUCUUGAUAGCAUCUUACAAGGGGAACUGCCAUGUGAUUUGGAGAAAACAAACUCAACCUACAGCAUUUUAGCCUUGUUACGUGUAUUAGAGGGGCUGAAUCAGCUAUCCCCUCGUUUAAGAGCACAGGCAGCAUCUGAUGAUUUCGCCGAGGGGAAAAUCGCUACGCUGGAUGAGCUAUAUGAAACUGGAACCAAGAUGCCUUCAGAAGAGUUCGUCAACAGCAAGUUGACACCAAAGCUUACUCGGCAAAUGCAGGAUGUUCUUGCACUCUGCAGUGGCAGUUUACCUUCUUGGUGUAACCAGAUCACUAAAGCCUGCCCCUUUUUGUUCCCCUUCGAAACGAGGAGGCAGUACUUCCACUCCACAGCUUUCGGGUUGUCCCGGGCGUUGAACCGACUUCAGCAGCAACAAGGUGAUAAUCCCAACACUGGCAGCGAAAGAGAGGUCCGGUUUGGCAGGUUACAGCGGCAGAAAGUUCGUGUUUCCCGUAACCGUAUUCUGGAUUCUGCCGCUAAAGUUAUGGAGAUGUUCUCUAGCCAGAGAGCUGUUCUUGAGGUGGAAUACUUUGGUGAGGUUGGGACAGGGCUGGGUCCUACGUUGGAGUUCUAUACUCUCCUGGGCCAUGAACUGCAGAGUGCUCGGUUGGGAUUAUGGAGAUCUAGUUCGCCUUACGAUUAUUCAGAAAUGGAAAUCGAUAAGAAUGGUGUGAUCCAUGUGGAUUCUGACGAUGAUUCGCCGGCUCCUCAAGAACUCAACUCAUCCGAAGAUGCCCGGAAUCUGGUACAAGCUCCUCUUGGAUUAUUUCCUCGCCCUUGGCCUUCUAAUGUUGAUACCUCGGAGGGUAGCAGAUUCCUCAAAGUCGUAGAAUAUUUCCGCUUGGUCGGUCGAGUUGUGGCGAAAGUCUUGCAGGAUGGAAGGCUUUUAGAUUUGCCUUUAUCAACAGCAUUUUAUAAGCUCAUACUCGGACAAGAGCUUGAUUUAUUCGACAUUAUCUCGUUCGAUGCUGAGCUUGGAAAGACGCUGCAAGAACUGCGAGUUCUUGUUGAGCGUAAGAGGUUCCUUGAGUCCACCUGUGGCAAGGAUCAGCUAGAAGUUGCAGACUUGCGUUUCCGGGGAGCUCCUAUCGAGGACUUGUGUUUAGAUUUUACUCUUCCAGGUUUUCCUGAUUAUAUUCUCAAAGAAGGCGAGCAAAACACAAUUGUUAAUAUCCACAACCUAGAGGAGUAUGUUUCUUUGGUAGUCGAUGCGACAGUGAAGUCAGGGAUUAUGAAGCAGGUUGAAGCUUUCAGAUCAGGUUUUAGCCAGGUCUUUGAUAUCUCAUCCCUCCAAAUAUUUUCACCUCAAGAGCUUGACUAUCUAAUAUGUGGUCGUCAAGAAAUAUGGGAGGCUGAAUCACUGGUAGAUAACAUAAAAUUUGAUCAUGGGUUUACUGCUAAAAGUCCUGCCAUUAUAAAUCUACUCGAGAUCAUGUCGGAAUUUACCCCUGAUCAGCAGCAUGCAUUCUGCCAGUUUGUAACCGGUGCUUCUCGGCUUCCAACUGGUGGUUUGGCUGCUCUUAGUCCCAAGCUUACCAUAGUUCGAAAGCACCCCUCGAGUGGGGUGAGUACUUUGAAUACAAGCGGGGUAACGGAUGCCGCGGAUGACGAUUUGCCCAGCGUCAUGACAUGUGCCAAUUAUCUCAAACUACCCCCAUAUUCCACAAAAGAAGUCAUGCGCAAGAAGCUGCUCUAUGCCAUCCUAGAAGGCCGUGGAUCUUUUGAUCUAUCCUGAGCUGAUAACUAACGAUACAGGGCUCACCAUUCGAUGCCCGUCAAUUUUAUCCCGAAUUAGUUUUCUUCUUCGUUGCCUGUAAUAACAUAGGUUGAGGUUACCAGCCGCUCUGCAGAAAGCUUGAAAGUUGAACUUGCUGAAGCGGCGAGCCUCACGAGCACCACCGACAAGUAUCAGGAGCACCUUUCCCUCCAGUACAUGUAAAUAAAAAGGAGUAUACAUAUUUGUCGUAAGGAUUUGUUCGUUCGUUGGCGAUACCCUGUCCUAUGUAUCGAUUUGAGAAUGUUGCUGUGUUUGCUUUGACAUUGUGUACAUGUGUAACUCGAUAAUAAAUCCGCGCGCUCUAGUGUAUUUGAGACUA